CUUUCAGCGGAACCAAAGCCAGAGGUGCACCCAUGUCCCUCCUGCUCUCUGGCCUCCUCCAGUCAGAAAUUCCUCAGCCAACAUGUGAAACUCAAUCAUCCCUCUCAAAUUCUCCCCGGAUCAUCUUCAAGAAAACAGGUCCAAGCAGAGGAACCCUGCCCAGAGGAUCAGAAUCAGCAGCACCAAUGUACUAAUACACACGGCUGGAAUGAUAAAACUGAAGGUCAAGAAAUCAAAGAAAGGUCCAAACUUUUGCUUAAAAGGAUCAGUCAGGGGAGAAUCUCAAGAUCCUUUUUCCAACCUUCCAAAGAACAAAUUAGGAGCUCUACUCAGCAUGAGAUAGUGAUGGAGGAGGAACCCUAUAGAGGCCAUAAAGAGAGUCCAGAGGGCACAGGCAAGUUAUUCGUGAAAGUAGGAAUGUCAAGAAUUAUACCAAUCAAGUAUGGAAAGUGUUGGAAAGGCUUCAAUGAUGGGUCACAUCUCCUUAGAGACCAGAGGUCACACUCAGGGAAGAAGCCCUAUGUUUGCAGGGAGUGCGGGCGAAUCUUUACCUGGAAGUCACAUCUCAUCAGACACCACAGGUCACACUCAGGGGAGAAGCCCUAUGUUUGCAGGGAGUGUGGGCGAGGCUUUACAUACAAGUCAUCUCUCAUCAGACACCAGAGAACACACUUGGGAGAAGCCCUAUGUUUGCAGGUGGACUGA